GUUUGCGUCGUGCUGCCUGCACCACACAGAGCUGACAGCUUAUUUUAGAGUAGCCCAGACUGUUUAUUUUAGGAUUAUGUACUGAACAAAUAUAGCCCGGAGUUUUCUCAGGUCAUUUUCACAACUUUGUAAAAGAGUUCCUGGCUUCCCACAUUCCUAUCUGGCCGGUUCACAGCGUUUCCUGUCGGUUCUGACAACCAUCUGCCAGCUGGGUGAAGCUGUCGCGGAUGUCUGACAAGAAGGAAAGUGAUUCUUUAAAAACUCAAGGGGUAGGACCUAUAAAGGCAUCCUACAUUUUCCUAAAUGGGGACAGAUAUGAGGGGGAGUGCAGCAUGUCUGCAUCAGGGGUGAUGAUGAGGAGUGGCAGUGGUAAACACACCUCAGCAGGUGGAAUCAUUUACACUGGAGAAUGGCAUGAAGACAAAAUGCACGGCAGAGGGACCCUGCAGCAUCCCUCUGGAGCACUCUAUGAAGGAGAGUUCAAAGACAACAUGUACCAUGGCACAGGGACGUAUACUUUCCCAGACGGCUCUACUUACAAAGGUCAUUUUCACAUGAACAGGUUGGAGGGAGACGGGGCGUUCACUGACACACAGGGAUUGGUUUGGACAGGGGAGUUCCACGGCAAAGCAGCGCUGGGCCUGAAAAUGCAGCACAACAUUUGAGCAAAACAAGCAUUAUUGUGUCUCCCUGUGUAUAAAACACUGUAUGAUAAAUUUUGCAUUCAAAUUUAAUUCUAUUAAAAAAGAUUUACCAUCUAAAAACGUACGUACUUUCAUAGCCCUGGAUGCUUCUAUGAGGAAGCUCAGGGAAGUAGCUUUGACAUACUUUGACAACCUGCACAACUAUCAGUGUUUAUAUGGAAGCCCAUGAAAAAGGAGCUUAUGAGUCAUUAUAAUAAGAAACAAAAUAAUGCUCGAAAUAAUGACUAAUAAUCUCGAAAUUAUGAUUAUGUGUAGUCUUUGUGAAUGUGAUAAAUGCUAGCAGAUGGACCUGUGUUUUUGCCAACACCCAAAGAUCACACACACCCAUGUACUUCUGUGUAUUGGUGGUUAAAUAUCCAUGAGUCGCGUCUCUUGCCUGCUUUCACUCUCUCAGCAGUAUCUCCUGUUUUACUGGUUGCUGUGCUCCAACACAGCUUUCUUUGUGUAGGUUUCAUUUCACUCAGAAAAUGCCACACUGGGAUUAUUUUUUCUGGCCCUCUGUCACUCUGCUUCGUGUGUCUGCGACAGGAAGAGUG